AUGGCUCAGGAGUUUGUGAACUGCAAGAGCUCAUCUGGGAAGAUGGUCGUGUUUAUUAAGCCCACUUGCCCCUAUUGCAGAAAGACCCAAGAAAACCUCAGGCAACUGCCUUUCAAACCUGGUCUUCUGGAAUUUGUGAACAUCACAUCCACUAACAACACCAACGUGAUUCAAGAUUAUUUACAACAGCUCACCUGCGGGACAACAGUUCCUCAGGUCUUCUACAUAAAGAAAGACUGAAUAGGUAGACGCAGUGAUCUGAUCUCCAUGCCACAGAAUGGGGAGCUGAUGACCCAGAUGAUGCAGAUUGGAGCUCUGCAGUUAUGA